GAUAGAAGCGAUAGGGGCAUCGCGUAGCAAAGGCAAAGGGAAGCAAGGAAAGGAAAGGUUCACCCACAGUGGGCGCAGUGGGCAGUGGGUUCACCGAAGCCAUGAGAGUAGCGGAUGUAACGAAGGAUGAGCAAUGAGUGCAGUUGCGAAAUAAGUCAUGCAUUUUUCUCGUUUACGUGUAGCCAAUGUACUCAUCUCGCGUCAUUGGUGCUAAUUGAUGGUACGAAAUGACGAAGUGGGCUCCUGUGUCCGAUAAAAGCAAGUAUGGAGUCGCGAUUGCCAAUUUUACCCAAGAGGGUUUGCACAGACUACGGCUAAAUGUUGGGGAUGCUGUUUACAUCUAUGAAGAAAGUGAAGAGUGGUACUAUGGGUGCUGCACAAGCAGUAAAGCCAAGAAAGGAAUCUUUCCAAAGUCCUACAUUGCUGUUAAGGACUCCAUCAUUGAUAAGACUGGCCCUCAUGAAGUAGUCAUUCCAAAGGAGCCAUCGAUCAUCAAGGAAAUCACAGCUGUUCUCCGAGAAUGGGGUCCCAUCUGGAAGCAGCUCUACCUUACCAACAAAACGGAAUUCGAUUCCGUUCGAAGCAUGAUGUACGAGCUGAUGGAUUCCAGGAGGAAGAUUAUGUCUGGCACUCUUCCAGUUGAUGAACUUCGGGAGUUGAAACAUAAAGUGACAACCAAAAUUGAAAUGGGCAAUGCGAUACUCGACCUGGAUCUAGUUGUCCGUCUCAGUGGGAACAUCCUGAACCCUGAUGUCACUAGUACGAUUGACCUGUACAGAGCACACCUCGAGGCUGCACAAAGGAUCAAGCAGAUGUCAUCGGCCCAAUCGGACAUGGGAUCUCCCAAGACAUCUAGCCGCUACUGCCACAAUCUCUUUGUGGUGCUGAAGAACUUUGUCUGUCGCAUUGGUGAUGACGCUGAUCUCCUCAUGACUCUGUACGACGCCAAGGAGCAGAAGUUUAUCAGCGAAAACUACUUUGUUCAGUGGGGAAAGUCUGGUCUCGCUAAGGACUUGGACCAGCUGAACAAUCUAAGGGUUCUGUUCACAGACCUGGGCAGCCGUGACCUCUCUCGUGAACGAGUCAACUUCAUCUGCCAGAUCAUUCGAAUUGGUGCCAUGGAGCUAAAGGAGCCCGACCACAAGAGGUCCACCCUUUACUCCAAGAAGGCUGUAGAGUCCGAAGGCAUGCGUCGGCCGUUUGGUGUUGCUGCUAUGGACAUCUCUGACAUCAUAAGUGGGAAAAUCGACAGUGAUGAAGAAAAGCAGUAUUUCGUGCCCUAUGUUCAGUGCGGGGAAAGGGAUUUCCUGGACACGGCCAUCAAGAAGGCGCUCUCGGCUAAGGAGAUCACGCAGAAGGAGCACAAGGGCCAGGGCCUGUGGAUCUGCCUCAAGCUCCUGCAUGGAGACAACAAGCAAGUGCGCGAAGAAAACCCGCACCUUGUUUCGGGAACAACGGCAGUCGCUCGCAAAAUGGGCUUUCCCGAGGUCAUUCUGCCCGGAGACGUUCGCAAUGACCUGUAUUUGACGCUUGUACAAGCCGAGUUCUCCAAGGGCACCAAAUCUUCGGACAGGAACAUCGAGGUCACAGUGAAAGUGUGCAACGAGAAAGGAACCAUCAUUCCCGGGGUCAUUAGUGUAGGCUCAGGUUCAGAAAACUUGGAUGAAUAUCACAGUGUCAUUUACUAUCACGAGGACAGGCCACGCUGGAUGGAAACAUUCAAGAUUGCUGUUCCAAUUGAACUGUUCUACAGUGCACACUUGCUGUUUAUGUUCAAGCACAGAUCUUCUAACGAAGCCAAGGACAGGGCUGAGAAGCCCUUUGCCAUGUCAUUUGUGAAGUUGAUGCAAGAGAACGGUACAACACUUAAUGAUGAAGUUCACGAGCUGCUUGUCUACAGACUGGACCACAAGCGACAUGCAGAGACGGACACUACUUACCUCACCCUGCCUGCCACCCGAGCGGAGUUCAAUGCCAUUGUGCAGAAUUCGUCCACUCCCAACGUGCAACCGAACAAAGCACAGCUGGCCUCGUUCCAAGCAGGAGGCAUCAGCCUGGCAAUCAAGGAUUCCUUCCAGAUCUCGACACUUGUUUGCUCCACGAAGCUGACACAAAAUGUUGAUCUGCUGGGAUUGUUGAAGUGGUGGACUCUCCCUGAGAACCUCCAGAAAAACCUCCAUGCCCUCAUGAAGGUCGAUGGCGAGGAGGUUGUAAAGUUCUUACAAGACAUCCUGGACGCACUGUUUGACAUUUUGAUGAAGAACUCUGAUUCUGAUCUUUAUGACAACCUUGUGUUCGAGGCCCUGGUCUUCAUCAUCUGUCUCAUCUCGGACAGAAAGUACCUGCAUUUUAAGCCAGUACUGGACCUUUACAUUGAGGAAACAUUUAGUGCCACCCUUGCUUACAACAAGCUGAUAGUUGUCUUGAAGUAUUACAUUGACAACAUCAACCUGGAAACUCAGGAGACGGAAAGCCUUUUGAUGAGGGCCAUGAAAUCUAUUGAGUACAUCUUCAAGUUCAUUGUGCACUCAAGAAAGCUGUUUGCACACUUGAAUGAGGGGAAAGGCACGCAACUGUUUGAGCAAUCGCUUGAGGAGUUGCUGAAGUCCAUCACAGGGAUGAUGCUCCACAAGGCUGAUGCGGUGCUGUUGAUCCAAGGAGCUUGCUUGAAGUACUUCCCAGCCACCAUUCCCGACAUCCUGCGGGUCUUCAACGCAGAACAGCUGAGUCACAUCAUUACCGAGCUAAUCAACAACUUGCCACCUGAGAGGUUGAAGAAGCAAAAAAUGAUGUGUGUGAAUGACAUAGUUCACAGUGAGCUUUUUACACUCCCAAAGUGCCGAGCAAUUCUACUACCCAUGAUCAAUAGUCAUGUGCAGCUGCUCAUGGAGAAAGGUGAUGAGCUAGAGCUCUGCGUCAAGAUCUUGAGCGAUAUCAUGGUGGUUCUUCACGGCCAUGAUCGUGCCCAGACUGUUGACGACAUCUCCCAAGUCAUGCUCUCUGUCCUUCGGACGGUCAUCCAGACAGUCAUCAAGACCGAUCGUUCCCUUUCUAUUGUGGGCAAUAUUGUCGCUCUUAUGGUGGCAAUACUGAGGCAGAUGUCCAAGCAUCAUUACCAGAUCUAUUUGGAUCACUUCCCAACCAACACUGACCUCCUGGAUUUUCUCAUGGAGAUCUUGCUCGUGUUCAAGGACUUGGUCAGCAAGAAUGUCUAUCCAAAGGACUGGAAUGACAUGAUCAUGCUCCAGAACAAUGUUAUGCUGAAGGCCCUGCGUUACUUCUCGCACACAAUACGAGACCGGUUCACAAACCCUUUUGACUACCAGGUCUGGAACAACUACUUUCACUGUGCCAUUGCAUUCCUCACACAAGAUGCCUUGCAGCUGGAGAACUUCUCUCACAACAAGAGGAACAAGAUAGUGGCAAGGUACAAGGACAUGAGAAGAGAAACUGGCUUUGAAAUCCGCAAGAUGUGGUUCAACCUCGGCCAGAACAAGAUCCAUUUUGUGCCAGGCAUGAUUGGGCCUUUCCUCGAGAUGACCAUGAUUCCGGAAGCAGAGCUCCGCAAGGCCACAAUCCCCAUCUUCUUUGACAUGAUGCAGUGCGAGUUCUACUCCCCUCGCAAGUCAAUAUCCUUUCACCAGAACGACUGCUAUGUGCAUAACCUGGACAUCAAGGGCAACUUUCAGGAGUUUGAAAAUGAGAUGAUAACCAAACUGGACGUCUUGGUCGAGGGUGGUCGAGGAGACCAGCAGUACCAGGACUUCCUCCAACAGAUCCUGUAUGACCUCUGCGAAAACCACACUGCACUGCACGACGCUGGGCUCAAAUUCAUCCGAAUCGUGGUGCGUCUCAUGAAGAGACUCCUGGAGUACCGCACCAUCAUCACGGAUGAGAACAAGGAGAAUCGCAUGAGCUGCACGGUCAACCUGCUGGAGUUCUACCACGAAAUCAACCGGCAGGAGAUGUACAUCCGCUACCUUCACAAGCUGUGCGAUCUGCACCUGGAGUGCGACAAUUACAUUGAGGCUGCAUUCACGCUGCAGCUUCAUGCUAAGCUCCUGCGGUGGUCGGACGAAGGUCUUCCUAGUCUGCUGCGCAGCGCCAAGUACCCGGAGUGCGAGACCAAUCGGGAGCUCAAGGAGCGACUUUACUACGAGAUCCUCGACCACUUCGACAAAGGGAAGCUCUGGGAGGCCGGGCUCAUGCUGUGCAAGGAGCUGCUGGCCCAGUAUGAGAACGAGACAUUUGACUAUGGCCAGUUGAGCAUGCUGCACGCACGUAUGGCCACCUUUUACCAGAACAUUAUGCGGCACCUUCGACCCGAACCGGAAUAUUUCCGAGUGGCUUAUUAUGGCCGCAGCUUCCCAGCCUUCCUCCAGAACAAGGUCUUUGUGUACCGGGGAAAAGAGUAUGAGCGACUCAGUGACUUCAGCACUCGAUUGUUGAACCAGUUCCCAAAUGCCAUGCUGCUAACUAAAUUGACCAUCCCGGGAAAAGAUGUGACUGAGUCUCAAUGCCAGUACCUCCAGAUCAACAAGGUGGACCCCGUCAUGAACAAUCCUCAGCGCUUUCAGAACAAGCCUGUUCAUGAUCAGAUCCUCAAGUACUAUCGGGUGAAUGAAGUGAACAAGUUCACCUACUCGCGGCCGUUGCGCCGGGGAGAGAAAGACUCUGACAGCGACAUCGGCCACAUCUGGCUGGAGCGCACGACGCUGGAGACUGCGUACAUGCUGCCCGGCAUUCUGCGCUGGUUUGUCGUGGUCAAGACUCAGACGGUGGAAGUGAGCCCGUUGCAGAAUGCAGUGGAAACCAUGGAGAGUGCCAAUGCCAAGAUUCGAGACCACGUCCUGCAGUACCGGGCUGACUUGACCCUGCCUUUGAAUCCCCUGAGCAUGCUUCUUGGAGGCAUCGUGGAUGCUGCAGUCAAUGGCGGCAUUGGCCAGUAUGAGAAGGCAUUCUUCACUCAAGAGUUGCUUCAAAACAACAAGUCUGACCGGGAAGGGAUUGACCGCCUAAAAGAACUCAUUGCUUGCCAGAUUCCACUGUUGGAGGCUGCCAUCGAGAUCCACAAGCAAAAGGCUCCUGAGAGCUUGCAGCCCUACCACUCGCACAUGCAGGAGAAAUUCCUCAAGCUCAAAGCGCACAUUGAGGAGAAGUACGGCAAGGCGGCCCCUCCCCCCGAAUUGAAUGACCACCCAAUUUUGAUACGGCGCUACAGGAGCGUGCCCCCACCAACCCCUCCAUCGAGAACGGAGAGGACAGACAGCUCAGUGUUUGCACCAGAAGUUAGUACCAGAAAAACGGCCUCUAUAUCCAGUCUUCCCACCGUGCCAGGAAAGACCCCAACCACCCCAACAUCCCGUGCGCUUGUGUCUUCGGUAUUUGUAAAGCAAAACUCUGUCACCUCGCCUCACAAGACGCACAGCAAGAAAAGUCGUGACAGCACAGGACUCACCCUGCGACGCAACUCGGCAGCCUCGCUAAGUUCCCAACACGAGGAGAAGUCUCAGUCACAAUGGUACGACCUGCCCUUGAACACGGACAAAGCGGAGGCACCAAUCAUCGAGCUUAAUGAGCAGUUGACUCCUCACCGACCUCUGAGGUCCGAGGCCGAAAAGAGGCACAGCAGGCCGUCCAGUGGUCAGUUCAAACUCCCUCCGUCAACCCCUCCUUCUCAAGCGGUGACGCCAAGCCUGGCCACGGCCAUGACAUUCCCGCUGUUUCCGGCCAGUUCGAGCACGACACGGUCAUCUCCUGAUGGUCCAGAUGGAGAGGUAGACCGUCCCCCACCCUUGCCACAGAAGCAGGCGUAUGCUGACUACACCAACAUCACCGACGACGUGCCAACUUUGGCGAUGCGCAAGCCCUCGCUCAGCAUUCCAUCAGGAGCAAAGAGCCGGCCUCAGCCUCCCCUGCCAGUCAAAGAGGGCAGCAAGGAGGGAACACCUGUUCUGCCAAAGAAGCCAGAACGGCCGCCCACCAACAGAAAUUUGAGUUUCCCUGUGGAAGGCACUAAAAAGAUGCCACGUACAGCGUCGGACGCAACAGAGUGCUGAUGGGAUGCAGACGCAUAUUUUGGUUAGAAUUACUGCGCACCUGCAAAUCAAGUCAAUGCUAUGUGUCCAUUACCAUGUGCUUUUGUACAUAAGCAUGCCUUAACUUUUUUUUUUCUUGGCAGAAAGGUCAAAUGUGCUGCAAUUCACCCUUUUCGAAUGCAAGAGGUAAAGAUGUAGCAACAUCCUAAGAACUUGACCAGUAGCUUGUUAACACUAGGGUUCUGCGUUUUCGCUUAAGUUUGAUAACAUCUGAAACAAACUCUCCGGUAAAAUUAUUGUGGAUUCGGAUUUAUCAGAAAAACUCCAAUUUAGAGAUUGCCAAUUGUAAACACCUGACUGUUUUUUUUUCACCUUUCAUUGGAGCCCUAAGACAUCUCUUGAGAUUUUCUUUUUUGAUUUCCCCUCUUGUUCGUAAGUGCUUUCAAAAGCAUGUCUGUUGAACCCUUAUCACAAAAGUGGAUAACCUCCCUACGACAAUAGUCGAACGCGUCUGACCUUUGCAAACGCUCUUCCUCUUGAACAAGUUUCUUCUGUAGAUGUUCACUGGCCUUUUUCCUGCCUCCUUUUGUUGAAUGUUGAACCUGUAUGCAUGUUCACCUGCUUCAUCUGUGUCGACAACAAGGAUUUGAGAUUCAGUUAGAGUUUCUGGUACAAUGGUAGUUUAGCUCCAUGUUGCAGUACAAGAAACUUUACUGGCAAAGACCUUGUCUCUUUGGCUGAAUGUGCCAAUUGGCAAAUUUAAAUAAAUGUGUGCCUCUUUCUGACAAAUUCAUUAAGACAAGACGAUACAAGCUAAGCUUUUAUUGUGUUUAUAAACAUUCUGUUUUAAUACGUUUGCUGACUGACAUUCUCUACCGAGGCCAAUGACACUAAAUAUAAAAAAAAGGAAAAACUAAAGUUUGUAGACUUUAGAUAAAAGCUCCCUACUAAAACUAAGAAUUUGAGAUAGAAAAUAAACUCCAAAAAACACCCUCCGAAUUUCCUUCAAAAUAAACACCGAAAACGCAGAACCACACUUAUCAUUCCUUCGAGCUUUUCAAUGUGUGCUUGCUUUUGCAGAUGUUUAGGGACUUUCGGAAAGUUGCCACAUGGAGGCUGCCAUUUUUUAAUGUAAGAGUUGGAAUACUUCAUUUUAAUUAUGGAGUGGCGAACCUAUGCUAGACAUCUUGCCAUGCAGAUAUGGUUUGAUCUCGACGUGUGCUAUUAUUCAAAGGAUGCCAUUUCUUGCCAUAUGGUAUUAAGAGAAAGCCAUGCUUUACUGGUUUAUCUGUGCAUAGAUGUAAACAGGAGUACUAACUCAUUGCAGGAAAUUGGUUUUCUUGCUCAAAUGACACGUGUCAAUACCUUGUAAGAUACAAUGUUAUAUUUCAAGUUUCGAGAAUGUGUUGAUUGUUCUCUCUAAUGUGAAACAACAAUGAAAACUCCUUGUUCGAUGUGUCAUCUUGACAUUCUUGCUAUGCUCAAAUGCUUUCAGCUACCAGUGUGCAAUAUUUGGCAAGUAGAACACUUGGUUGAUGUACAUAUUCCUCCAAGCACAAAUAUGUAAAUAUGGAAGGUGUGGUGCAUAAAGGAACACACAGUACAAUAAACAAACAACUGCGCCGUGGAAGCAUUGUAUUAAAACUCCUGUACUAUUGUUUUCCCUUUUAGAGGUGCAGUAAAAUUAUGUGGCAUAUGCAGUACCACUGCUGAACAAACAGGUGUAACCUGCUUUCUAGUGGAAUUUGGUGCUUUCAACAGACCUGUUCAAAAGUUCAAUAUACAGGGUGUUUUUCGAGACGCAGGCCAAAUCUCUCCUGCAAAAGGUUAUCGCACAGAAAAAAGGUUGAUGUCCUAUUGGUUUCUGCCAAAGGGCCUAUUUAGAAAAAUUAAUAAUGUUUGGUGUAAUUAGGUUCUGAAUUACUUUUGAGUAAUUAACUUUUUAAUUCCUGAUUUCAAGCUACAGUUUUAAUUACACCUUCUGGGCAUCGUCGAAAACCACAAAAUCGGCGAUCAGCACGCGAAGAAACACUCGAUCUGGACAUGUUUUGGAAUUUGUUUACUAUCGCUGCAUCACUCCGAAGGUGGUUCUGCUCCGCCCUGGCCAUAACGCGCAACUAAGGUGUGCCACCAUGCACUAUUCACAUGGUGGAGAUGAACCCCAGAAUCGAAGCAUAAUCUGGUAUUGUCACUUGAAGAGCACAACAUUUCAUUUCAUCGGCUCGCGCCACACUUGCUUCUCAGUUACGAGGGGCGAGGCGGACAGGUAGCAGGACCGCCGGUGCAAAGACGCGCUGACAGGAAACCUAAACCUAAAACUUUGUCCAAAGUGAGCGUUUUUUCGAAACGCUGUAAAAGGCUGUGCCUGCCUUGCUCUUGCCAUUUUUCAGAUUUUGUAAAUUUACUAAUUAAAAAGUUAUUAGUUUUCCUAAUCAGGCCCUUUGUUUUUCUUUGUGAUGCAUACUUUUCACAGGAGCAAUUUGGCCCAUGUUUCAAGAAACACCUUGUAUAUUUUUUUAUGUUGUUACUACAGCUUUUGCUGGAUUUUUUUUUUUUUUUUUUGUGGUUGGAGCUCUUGUUUCAGAUUGUUUUUUUGCUUUGUUGCCACUUUUCAAAUCAAAGUUGUAAACGGAAAUGACAGACAUUUUCUGUAUGUCUUGCAUGCUGUUCUGAUCUUAUAUUCUUAAUAUGCUGGAGGAUUAUUGAUCCCAUAAUUAUGGCAACGUAAGGCACUGAACAUAUGUUACAGCAGUAGUCUGCUUGGUGCUAUUAUGGGCACCAUGCUACCCAAGUGAAGCUUUGCGGCUGAGACCUUAACUUCAGUGCUCGUGAACUGUACUACAUUGUUUCCCAAACAUCCAAUGCACCUCUCUCCCAAAAGAAAAUGGAGUGGUUGUAUGCACACAUUUUCAUGGCUCAUUCAUUUAUUGUUGCUUGCAGUUCUGUUUUUCCAUGAUGUAGUGGUACUUUUUAUUUUUAUACUUCUAUACAGAAUGGUGGUAAAAAAACUAACAAGUGUCAUAUUGCACAUUUAAUGUGCAUGCUGUUAUAUAGCCCAUUUUAAUUGAGAAGAAAUGUGUAUUGCUUGUAUUUAAAAGAUGGUAGCAUGUAGAAACUAUUGUUUUCAAACAUUGUUUUGUAUUUGGCUACUUGUUCUGCUUCAGUAUGUAGUGUCACAUGAGCAAUGACAGUCAGUAGUAUGUAAGCCAACAAACAUUACCUUUCGAUUGGAGGAGUUGCUUGUCGUACUUUUGUGUUAACUUUGGCGGAAAAUUUGCAAAAGAUAUCUGUUCUGCAAUUGUGACCCAAAAGUGUAGGCAGGUAAAUUAACUGCCUAGUUGAAUGAACAAUGUGUGUGUACAUUAGUAGGUAUGCUUCUAUUAUUGACGUUGGCAUUCACUGAAAAUGCUGUUACACCUUGCUUGGUCACACAGAACCAGCUGGUAAGUAGUGUUGCUUGCAUAUGCAAAAGAUAGCAGCUCAUCUGAUCAGCAGUAUUCUUUAUUCCGUCAUACCAUUUCCAGCGAGUUUUAAUUUCAUCAACAAUGUGUAUACUACUUUAUACAGCAGUUAUUGCAAAAACAUUUCCUGUUACACUUCAUGACGCUACAGAUGUAAUCUAGUCUAUACAAAUAAACUGUACGGUAACAAAUGCUUA